AUGCUUCGAAAUAUCGCUGCCUACUUUAUUCUCCUCCUUCUCAGUUACACAGGUUUUCAAGUCAAUUCACAAAUAUGUCAAGAUGUUGCUCAAUACGGUCGAUGUUCUGCAAACAGUGCCUGUGGCUGUUUUCAUAUGGUAAAUGUUAUUGAUACAGGCAUUUGCGGAUUUCUCUGGACGAACUGCGCGCAACUAACAGCAUGCAGUUCUCUCGAUAAUGCAUGCCAUCAACCUGAUACUGUUUGUGUCCAACAUCCACGUUGUCAAAGUCUCCCGCUUUGCUAUCCAGUCUCUAUGAUUGAUCAACGUAUCUGUCCAUCAUUAACAAUAAACAAUACAGCGACUAUCAUUUCAACCACUACGACUACAACAACAACAACAGCGAUGAUGACGACGACAGUUCCACAACCAAUUUGUAUGAAUUCAAAUUUGCUUACAUUUGAAAAUAGAUCUAGCUAUAGUCAAGUUCCCGAUGGGUACUACGGAUUGAAUUGGAUGAAUGCUUUCACAGUCACCACACCAAACAGUUUACAUUCUGCUCAUACUACGUCCAUUUUCAAUGGUACCUCGAACACAUGGGCACUAUCUAAUAUGAAUGGCAGUUCAAUGACUAUUCGAUCGGCUUCAUCAAACUUAUUUAAUAUCGAAUCAUUCACUGUCGCGACUGUAUGGGAUGAUGAUGUCACGUUAUCAAUGGUUUCACAACGUGAUUCUGCUUAUUACAAAGAAGCGUCGUUUAAAAUAGGAAGAUUUGCUUCUACUAAAGUUGAACUAAAUUGGUUCAAUAUAAAUGCAAUUACACUUUAUGCAUAUCGAACUGAGAGUAAAGAAGCAUCUGUUUUUGUGAUGAAUAACUUAUGUGUUGAUAUAAAUACAAACACGACUUUAUCAACAACAACCACAACCACCACUACAUCAGUGCCUACAAGUGUCAAUCAAUGUUCAUCGAAUGAGCUUUUCUAUGAAAAUCGUUGUCAUUAUUUGGAUGGUACCAAUGGUACAUGUAACCAUGGUUAUAGUCUUGGCUCAGAAACACUUCUAUCACGUGUCGCCGAAUUGUUUAUUGGUCUCAGCUAUAAGAGAAGAAUUUCUAGCGUCUGUUGUAUCUUAACGUCCGAGAAAGUUGCAAAUUAUGGUUUUGGUUUACAUCAAUGUAAUAAACCAGGACCGUUUUUGAUGGCACCUGCAUUGCAUGAGGGUGGAUGUCGAAACUAUACGAAAACUCCCGACAAUCAAUUGACAUUUUGUGUGAGCAACUAA